UGACGUCGAGAAUGCGGGGUUUCGUCCCUCCCCUGCCGUUGACUCAAACCACACCAAGCGGGACCUGGUCGCUGAUCUUGAUAUUCUGUUGUCCUAAUCCCUACUUUUUAGCACCGCUUUUGCUCACAUAUCUUUACGAAUCACCCUAACUGUGAUCUUUGAGACAAUUUAAAGCGAGAGGAGGGCCAGCUUCCCCUCAGACACAGGCAGGCUAACAUGAAGCUAACGGACAAUGUGCUUCGGAGCUUCAGGGUUGCUAAGGUGUUCCGAGAGAACACGGACAAAAUUAACUGCUUUGAUUUCUGCUCAAACGGAGAAGCGAUUAUUUCCAGCAGCGAUGACGACUCACUGGUCUUGUAUGACUGCCAGGAGGGAAAACCCAAACGAACUCUGUACAGUAAAAAGUAUGGGGUGGAUCUGAUCAGGUACACACAUGCUGCAAACACAGUGGUCUACAGUUCCAAUAAAAUUGAUGACACUAUACGGUAUUUGUCUCUUCAUGACAACAAGUAUAUCCGAUACUUUCCUGGACAUAACAAAAGAGUGACUUCUUUGUCGAUGUCUCCUGUGGAUGACACGUUUAUUUCCGGCUCAUUAGACAAAACUAUCAGGCUGUGGGAUCUGCGUUCGCCAAACUGCCAGGGGUUGAUGCACCUUCAGGGGAAGCCAGUGUGCUCGUUUGACCCAGAGGGCCUAAUUUUUGCCGCUGGAAUAAAUUCAGAGAUGGUUAAACUCUAUGAUCUGAGAUCAUUUGAUAAGGGUCCCUUUGCAACUUUUAAGCUUCAGUACGAUCGGACAUGUGAGUGGACGGGACUCAAGUUUAGCAACGAUGGUAAACUCAUCCUUCUUUCAACUAACGGCGGCGCCCUUCGCAUCCUGGAUGCUUUUAAAGGAGCUGUGCUGCAUUCUUUUGGGGGGUAUAACAACAGUAAAGGUGUAACCCUAGAGGCUUCCUUUACUCCAGACUCUCAGUUUGUAAUGAUCGGCUCAGAGGAUGGAAAGAUCCACGUGUGGAACGCAGAGAGUGGGAUGAAGGUGGCCUUAUUAGACGGGAAGCACACCGGCCCAAUUACCUGUCUGCAGUUCAAUCCAAAGUUCAUGACGUUUGCCAGUGCCUGCUCCAACAUGGCUUUCUGGCUGCCGACCAUCGAUGACUAAGGACAAAACUGAAGCCUGUGUCGCAGGAGCCAAUGGCCAGCAGGGGGCGUUGUAAAAAGAAAAUUUAUAUUCAAGUUGUAAAUAAUCAGUUGUAGGAAUAAAACAUGUUGCUGUUUUUUUACAUUUCUAUUUAAAAUUAAAUUGUUUUUCUUGU